AUGAUUUCCCAGUUCUUCAUUCUGUCCUCCAAGGGGGACCCACUCAUCUACAAAGACUUCCGUGGGGACAGUGGCGGCCGGGAUGUGGCCGAGCUCUUCUACCGGAAGCUGAUGGGACUGCCUGGAGAAGAGUCCCCGGUUGUCAUGCACCACGAUGACCGUCAUUUUAUUCACAUCAGACACAGUGGUCUGUAUUUGGUGGCCACGACUUCAGAAAACAUUUCUCCCUUCAGCCUCCUAGAGCUGCUGUCUCGGUUAGCCACCCUCCUGGGCGAUUACUGUGGCUCCCUGGGAGAGGGGACCAUCUCCCGCAAUGUGGCUCUUGUCUAUGAACUCCUGGAUGAAGUGUUGGAUUAUGGCUACGUGCAGACCACAUCCACAGAGAUGCUGAGGAACUUCAUCCAGACUGAGGCUGUGGUCAGCAAACCCUUCAGCCUCUUUGAUCUCAGCAGCGUUGGCUUGUUUGGGGCUGAGACACAACAGAGUAAAGUGGCGCCCAGCAGUGCAGCCAGCCGCCCAGUCCUGUCCAGCCGUUCUGACCAGAGCCAAAAGAAUGAAGUGUUUUUGGAUGUGGUAGAGAGACUGUCCGUACUGAUAGCAUCCAAUGGCUCACUGCUGAAGGUGGAUGUGCAGGGAGAGAUCCGACUUAAGAGCUUUCUUCCCAGUGGCUCUGAGAUGCGCAUUGGCUUGACAGAAGAAUUUUGUGUGGGGAAGUCAGAACUGAGAGGUUAUGGGCCAGGAAUUCGGGUGGAUGAAGUCUCAUUUCACAGCUCGGUGCAACUGGAUGAAUUUGAGUCUCAUCGAAUACUCCGCUUGCAGCCACCUCAGGGCGAGCUGACUGUGAUGCGGUACCAACUCUCAGAUGACCUCCCCUCCCCACUUCCCUUCCGGCUCUUUCCCUCUCUGCAGUGGGACCGAGGCUCAGGCAGGCUCCAGGUUUAUCUGAAGUUACGAUGUGACUUGCCCCCAAAGAGCCAGGCUGUCAAUAUCAGGCUUCACCUUCCCCUGCCUCGAGGGGUGGUCAGCCUGUCUCAGGAGCUGAGUAGCCCAGAGCAGAAGGCAGAGCUGUGUGACGGAGCCCUUCGCUGGGACCUGCCUCGUGUGCAAGGAGGCUCUCAGCUCUCAGGCCUUUUCCAGAUGGAAGUCCCAGGUCUGCCUGGGCCUCCUGGGCAAGGACAGUCCACCUCAGCGCCUCCUCUGGGGCUGGGCCCUGCGAGCCUCUCCUUUGAACUUCCCCGGCACACGUGCUCCGGCCUCCAGGUUCGCUUCCUCAGGCUGGCAUUCAGGCACUGCAGCAAUGCCAACCCCCACAAGUGGGUGCGACACCUAAGCCACAGCGAUGCUUAUGUCAUUCGGAUCUGA